AUAAAACAUGUCACAUAAUAGGCUAAAGUGCAAGGUUAAUGGUAAACACUGGGCGAAGCAAAAUGAAUAAGUUACAUAAAAGCGCAUGUCAAUCAAAGUGUGACCGCAGUAUAUGGCCAUUUGGACAUUUAAGUACAAGCUAAAUGCACAUCUAGUCUUUCACGCGUCUAAGAUCUUCAAAUAUGGCAAAGAUUUACGGAAUAUGUUUUGCUACUUUGGGUUUGAUUGUGGCAUUUUCUUUCGUUCAUAGCCAGCAAACCAGUUCCAAAUCACCCUUGGAGAAACAGCUGAGAGCAAAUUUAACCAAACUUGUUCAGUUUGUCAUUCAUCCUACUGCAAAACCGUCGACGGAGCUGAUUUCCCAUGCUCUUGCCGCCGGAAGUAUACCCACCACCGAGAUGGAGAGAGUUGCCUACCUCGGUAUUUUACAGCGGAUAGCCAGAAAUACGCCCGAACUCGUCAAACAGUUUACAACUGUCACUUCCAAUCCUGAUGGUGCCCAGACUAAAAGCGUAGACGAAAUAGGUCUUUCCAGUUAUGUUGUAAUGAGGGCCCUACAGUAUGUACAAAAAGAACAUAAUGCUAUAGCGGCCCGAGGAAAUCUCAGCGAUAUUGUGAAUACAGCGUCGGCAGCAUCCAGUGUGAGGAACGCAGCUACCAUUUAAACUUUUUUAAAUUGCUAAAUGUUGAACAAUAAUAAAAGUAAAGUAUUGUU